GACCAUAACAGAAACACAAAAUAUGUCAGCUGUGCAAUGUAUUUUGUCGCGUGGUUUGUGAAUAUAUAUUUGUUUAUUUAAAUUGCAAUAUAAUUUAUGUAGCUAAAAUGGAUUCGUUAAGUUCUCGAGUGUUCAUUCUGAACGGACAACCAUUUAUCCUUCAGCAGAACAACAUCAAUUCAAUUAGCAACAUAAGUGGAGAUAUUUUACAACAUGCACUACAAGACGUUGAGGAUUCACCUAAUGUUCCAUCUCAGGUAGAUUCCGAUCAUUUUAUCCAGAAUGUACAGAGUACAGAAGAAGAUAAUUGUGUUGAUGAAUUGGUGGCUUUUAAACAGAGCAAUGGAGAUGAACAGUCAACAAUACAUCUCACUGUUAAACAAGCUCUUGAGCUGGGAAUUGAAUUUAACGUGUGUGACGUUGACCUACCUUCAAACACAUCCUUCUCAACUGGCGAUAAAGAGAUAAGUAUUGACAAAGAGCAGUUUAUCUUCUCCAAAGAUCCUUCCGAGAAUAUCUGUCUGUUUAAUGACAGUAACAACGAUACAAGCAACGUAAAAGAUGAUACUUUUAAUCUCACAGAGCAUGAUAUAGUUUCUUCUGAUGAUAUUUCCAAACUGAAACUAGAUGCCAACAUCAUUGAACAAUUGAAUGAAACAGUUAAUCCACAAAUUACGUUAGUUCCCCAUGUUCACAACGGAACUAUCACUUACACUUUACAAGUUAGUAGCAAACCUGAUACCGACGAAUUAUCCACUAAUAAUGUGUCUUCUUCAAAAGAUUCAACACACAUGUUGCCAAUUGAAACAACUGCCGGUGAUUCUUCUUUUGAUUUGUCAAGUUUGACCACUCAAUCUCUAGACCCAUCUACAUUAACAAUGCCCCCAAUGUCGUUAUCAAUAGCAGACACUAACAAUCAGAGUGACAGUGUAGCUUACAUAACAAACUCAAACAACAUUCUCUCAGGAACUCAAAACGCAAUCAAUGACAACUUGGUGGUCUAUGAGAAUGAACCGUUACCAGGAAUGAUUGAUUCUCAGAUGUUACCGAAUAAGUAUCAACGGUUUGUAAGGUUGAGUCCAAAAACUAACCUCAACUCAGACACAAAAACAUCGUCGGCGCUGUUUGUGAACUCUCCCACUACGCCAACUGUAGAGCCUAUUCCAUUAAUUACUUCAGUAACGUCCAGUCAACCAGCUUCAAAUAGAACUUCAAGUGCAAACUCGUUUGUGUUGAACGGUGAUCAAGUGAAGGUGCAAACUUUGAAUAUUCCUGAGAAUGGAAACAGGAUUGUUCCUGUAAAGCCGUUCCUACUUCCCAAAGGCCUUCCUAAGGAAGUAUCAAAGAUAGUGGCCCGUUUCCAGGCGACGUCGGACUCGAGCGAGAAGGUAGGCACCAAUAAGAACCCGAUCCAACUGGUGCAACAGGGAAAGACAUUCACGACGGUGCAGACGCUGUCCAGCAACCAGCUGCGGAACGUCGCCUCCGUCCUCUCCAAGAACAGCUUCGACCUCACCCAGGCCGACCCCUCCGACAAGAACGUCGUCUUCGACAAGAAGACCAACACCAGGAUUAUCUAUAGAAUGGUGUACCCGGAAGACCUCCACCUGAAGAAGCCGUCAUCAUCACCAGGUGACUCGACCAAAAAGAGGGGAAGACCUCUAAAGGGGACUAGCAAGGGUGAUGGGGAGGCCUCCCCCACCACCACAACCCCUCCCGCGCCUGAGGAGCCUCCUCGCAAGAAGGUAGCGCUGCCGCGUACGCGAUCGGGUCGCCUGUCGCGACCGCCCCGCCACAUAGUGCGCGACUACAAACGCAUCCGACGACGACAGUCGGACGACGAAAACUCCUACAGCGACUAUCACAGCGACGAUCCUGAGGACCAAGACACGCUAGCCGACUCCCACCAAAUCCAUCUGUUGCCAGGCUUAGCGGAGACGAAAAAGCGUCGCAUCUCAUCCAGCUUUCGGUGUCCAAAGUGCAACAAAGUCUACCUGGGCUUUCCCAAAAUGGAGAACCACUUCUUCAAGUACCCCGACCAUCGGCCCCCCGCUACAAGUGAAUCCGCUCCGCCCCCCCAGGCCAAUUCAGGCGUGUCAGGGGUGGAGCAGUCGAGAGGAGUCGGAGGAGGAGGAGGAGGAGGUAGUUUUUCAAAGAGAAAGUUGAAGCGUCGUUCGCUGGCCAGUAUUAAGCCUGAUGAACUCAGAGCUCAUCUUAAACAGUUGCUAGACCUGUGCUCACUGACUGAACUAGUGGAGGUUGUGGGUCCCGUUUUGGCUAGCGUGCUAUCAGCCUGGCAGCUACUGUUGCUCAGGGUGGACGCUGUGACGUCAUCACAACAGCAGUCAGUGACGUCAUCACACCAACAGUCAGCAACGCCAUUACACCACCAGACUGUGACGGCAUCACACCCACAACCGGUGACGUCAACUCAACAUCAGCCUGUGACGUCAUCCCAACAUCAGCCAGUGACGUCUACACAUAAUCAGCCGGUGACGUCAUCUCACCACCAGUCUGUGAUGACAUCACAUCAACCAGUGACGUCAUCUAACCACCUGCCAGUGACGUCAUCAAUUCGUGCGCAUGUGCUUUGCGACCAGAUUAAGACGCUGCUUGCCAGUUUGGCAACCUCUUUCAGCCAGUCGACAAUGUUGAUCAGUGUACUCUGGAUGCAGCUACGUUCGAGAUGAAGGACGUGUCGAUCAGUUCUAUGCUUGGCAUACCGUGCGGAACCUAUAAGGUGGACGAAGAUCUGCUCAAAGUCGACAAGAUGCUGACUCACCAGAAGCAGCCAGCCGACACCGAUAGUGGAGUCGGUGGACUGAGCGACGCAGCGGUCACCCAUCCAGUGGCGGACGUGGCACACGUCGCUUCACCUGCUGUUAUAACCACGCAACAGCAGAAGUGCAGCAAGGAUGACCAAGUCAGCACCAAUGAGGUGGUGGAAGCUGAGAGUGGGGAGGUGAGGGAGGUGAGAGAUGUGAAGGAGCCGUUUCUGCUUGGUGGUGAAAACGACGAGGUCAUCAACCUGGACCGGUUUGUGCAGAAUUUCACAUCCAGUAAAACGGAUGUGGACGAACUGGUAUUCAGCGCAGCAUCCGACCUCACGCUGACCGAGGAGCCGUUUUUCGCGAGACGCCGGCCUCCACACGUGUCGGCCUCCACCGAGGACUUGAUUAAAAGUUGGGAGAAUUUCGUCGCUAGUGACGAUCACGAUCGGACUAGUUUCAAUCGCGAUGAUGCUCUAGACUUCGAUGUUUUGAGUCAGAACUUUCAUUCGGCUGGUGCUAACUCGCAGUGAAAAGUUAUGUGUAAACAGUGGGAUUCUCUUCAAACUUAGAUAUUCCGAAUAUAAUUUUCUUCUUCCUCCUUAUCCACUUCGUCGGCGGCAUCUUUCUUUGUCUUCCCCGCUUCAUCAUUAUCACUACUCACCUCAUCAUUCUUCUCUUUUCCAUUUUCUUCCGUCUCAUUCUUUUCUCAUUUUUUCCGUCUUCUUCUCACUCCCCACUUCUUCUUCUUCUUCUUCUUCAUCACCUGCCUUCUCUUCUUCGACUCCCAUCUUCUUCUUCUCUUCUCCUUCUCUUCCGCAUCACAUUCGUUUCCGUUUUCCUCACUCUUUGCAUCGCCGUUCGUCUGGUUCUUGAACCUCUUUCAUCGUAGUGUUGUUGCCAGUCCUCCACGCUUUUCAAACUAGCUUUCAUGGAGUCGACAUUUUCGGUGACACUGUCAAGAAACGCCUUCUUCAUUCCAAGUUCAAGUUUCGUCAUUCCAAGUUCAAUUCAUCCCAAGCUUUUCUUGUCACUUUAGCAUGUAGUUGUACGAUCACGCCAGGCUAGUGUUCAAUGGUAAGAUUUUAUGUUAUAUGGAAUGAUGACAGUUGGAAGUGAAUAUCAUUAUAGUGAUCUUUGUGGUAUGGAGAGCAUAAUGCUCUAUAAAUUUAGGUCAUAAGUUUUGUGUCUAAAUUCUGAUUCUGGUGGUGCUAACACGCAUUAAAAAAUUGCGAAAAAUGGUAAUUUUAUUUGUUAGUAGUAUGUGUCUCAUGUUCCGCACUAGACCUGUGCGAAUAACGCAUAUAGAUAGCAGGGCUCCUCUACGUCCUUAACUUUGCCCUCUUAUGUAACCUUGAAAUCAUUUCUUGCCCUGGCACAUUCUACUUGAUACCAUAUUAACAGUUACUCCAGAUAUACCUUCGUAUUUUUAAUUAUUUUUUCGAUUGUAUUUCAUAUUACUAUUUCCACUGAUAAUGUUAUUUUUAUUGCAUGCUAGUUCUUCAUUUACAUAUUGUUUUAUUUCUCGUAAACAUUUUCCAUGAUCAUACUAGUGUUUAUACUUCUGUACUACCAUUUGAAUAUUCUGCUACUGAAACAUAUUUUCUUCAACUGCAUUCUCCCUAGACAUCAAAUCUACAACAUCCGUAGAAAUUUCAGAUGUAAUUUUCAGAUGAAAUGUGAUAAUUUUAUAAUAUGUGAAGACUAUCACAAAAAACAGUCACAAUUGAUUCAGUUCGAAUCUUGAGAAAACCAACAAUGGCAAUUAAUAGAAUUUAAUAUUCUUUUAAUUGGUGUAUCCCUUGAUAUAUAAAUUGAGUCGUUCCUAUUCAAUAAAAUAUUUCUUAUACCAUUUUUAAGACUUGCGCAAGUAUUUUUAUUAAUUUCUUAAUUUUUUAAAACCUUUCUGACGAGCUAGCUUUUAUUUCUUAUUUCACUCGAAGCACUGAGAGCGCCCUAUUCUUAUUUCAACUAUUUAUCACUCACGUGCUGGAUUUUUUAUAAGUUGCUGAUGGCGAUCCGAAUUCCUGGUAGUCCUGGAUUAUUGGUGGCCGAAGUCAUCUCUUCCAAGGGAUUAAAAAUAUUUAAAUGACUUUUGCUUUACUAUAGCAUCACAAAGUCUUAUGGAAAAUUAAUAAUUUGAUUAAACUUUAAGUCAUUAAAAAUGUACAGUAAAAGAUAUUGUGCUCUAUAAAUUUUGGUGACAUUCCAUGGUAGUGGUUGGCAGGCAAGUGGGCAAGUUCUACUUUCUUUUUCACAAUUUUUCAUUUCCGACUUGCAAAUUUGCAUUAAAUUUAAAUAAUUUUAUACAUACGCCAUUCAAGGCUCAAAUAGUUCGUGCCAAUCUAUUAAAUUAUUACUUAUGUCACCCAUCUGACAUUAAAUCUGUCUUCGGGCCAUAUCCAGUACAUAAACUGAACAACAAUAAUUCAUAAACUCUUAUCAUUUAUAGAAAUAUAUACAAAUAUAUUUGAAUCGGCUCACUAUUACCGCCCAUCAAUUGCUACCAUUUGAUUGGUUCAUGCAAAUUUGUUACAGUAUACAUGCGCCUACGAACCUCCUACUUCCUUAAUACAUUAAUUUAUUUUUAUCUUGGGUUUUUAAUACAUUUUUUACAUGCAAUACAAUUUUCUAUUGUUUAUAGGUUGUUUCUCGCUUUAUAACAAUUAGCCAUGUGCAUUUUUAAUUCCUCUAGUUGCAUACCAUUUAAUUACAAUAAAUUUCUGCCAAGGUGUCUGGCUAGAUUUUACGUUAUGCGACUCAAUCGAUCAUUAUGUCGCCGAUCAAUAGAUAUUUUACGCCUAACCUCAAAUUUUCAAUACUUUAUAUAAUAUUAUAUAAGUAGCAAAUUAUUUCCAUUUCUAUUCGGCCGUUAUAAAUUUAGCCAUGAUACCUGAUAUUAUCUAAUCUUUAAAAACGUUAUCGCAUUUGGCGAUAUUAGCCUAUUAUUCCACUUAGACCUAUAAAUUUCUUUCAAGUAGGGAUUUUUAUUUACCCAUCAGAAUUUGAUACGUUACAACAUGUAGCACCGCAAUGGCUGAAGCAACCAAUAUAACACAGACAUUGCCUGCAUCAACUGCAAGAACAUCUGCACGUAGACUUG